GUUUCUCUCUCAUGUUCUCUUCUCUUCCCUGCCCUUUUCGCCAGCCGAUCCUUCUUUGAAAUCGCUUCUCUCUCUCUCUCUCUCUCUCCAACUGUCGCUCCGUGUUCGACUCGCGUUUCUCAGCAGCCAAACAAGACAAAUCGAAGACCACGCGAGCGAGAGAGGAAAGGAAGCGAAAGAGGAAGACUUUUAGAGAAAGAGAGAGGAGGGGGAAUCAGGGUUCUAGAGCGAGAAAAUUUGGAGGUGGAUAUUGUACAAAGGGAGAGGGAGGAAGCGCGUCUGGAUUCAUUUCGGCAAUCCGAGAUUGAUUUCUCCGUGCUGAGAAUUCGUCCCGAUUUCUGAUAUUAGGUCACACUUAUUAGGACCGUUGUUGGAUCGCGCUCUGAAGUAGAGGAUUUGGAUUGUGAAGGGCCUGCGUUUGAUUGCCGAGAUUUCGAGCCGGAAGAUUCAGCGGUUUGGCGUUUGAGGGAUUCGCGAUGAAUGAUGGUGACCUUAACUGGUGGUUUGUGAUGUAAUAUGGCCGCACUGGUUGUUAUACAUAAAGAAGAUGUCGCUUUACAUCGGUCGCGAGGCUUCAAAGCUAUGGAAGAGAGCAUGCGCAGAAAUCGCAACGGAAAUCAAACUUCUUCUCGAGAAUUGGAAGUAUCUUCUCGCCGGGCUAAUUGGUCAGUACAUCCAUGGGCUUGCAGCUCGAGGAGUUCAUUAUCUGCACCGGCCUGGACCUAUUCUUCAGGAUGUUGGGUUCUAUCUUCUUCCGGAGCUUGGGCAAGACAGAGCUUAUAUCAGUGAGACUGUAUUCACCUUUGUCUUUCUGUCAUUUGUAUUGUGGACUUUUCAUCCUUUCAUCAUGAAGAGCAAGAAAAUCUACACCGUUCUGAUUUGGUGCAGGGUUCUAGCAAUUUUAGUUGCUUGUCAAGUUCUUCGGAUCAUAACGUUUUAUUCUACCCAGCUUCCUGGACCAAACUACCAUUGUCGUGAGGGUUCAAAGCUUGCUACACUGCCUCGUCCAGAAAGUGUAUUUGAAGUGCUACUAAUUAUUCCUCGAGGCGUACUAUAUGGAUGUGGUGAUUUGAUAUUUUCGUCACAUAUGAUCUUCUCACUAGUAUUUGUGCGCUCAUAUCAGAAAUAUGGCAUGCGGAGGUUCAUAAAGCAGUGUGCUUGGCUAAUUGUUGUGAUCCAGAGCUUGUUGAUCAUAGCAUCCCGUAAACACUACACAGUUGAUGUUAUUGUGGCUUGGUAUACCGUUAAUUUGGUGGUGUUCUUUGUGGAACAUAAGUUGCCAGAAUUGCCUGAUCGUAGUGGAGCUGGGACAUUGUUACCCGUGAGCAAGGAAGCCUGGACAAAAGAAGAGAAUCACAAGCUCUUAAAUGGAAAUUCUGAUACCGUAGAUUGGAGGCUGAGGACGCCGAUGAAUGGUAAGAAUCUGGAAGUAGAUGGCAGCACAGUCCAUGGUGAUACAGUGAUGAAUGGGGUGUAGAUAGUAGUAGAAGCUGCUUUUGCUGAACUUGUGCAAGCCAAGCCACCACUGAACACUGAUUGUCCUGCAGUUAGAACUUCUGGUUCAAAAGAGGUCACCUGCUCCAUUUCAUAAAAGGGCUGGUUAAACCUGGUUGGUGUAGUGGAAAUGGAGUUUGGGUUUUGCUUUGCUUUUCAACAUGCUAGGGCCCUAUAGCAGCUGCCUUGUAACAUGGCAUUCUCUCAGGGAUUCUGUUGCUUUAUAUCAUUUUUCCCUUAAGUUCUUUCUUUCUCUGCAAUUUUGCCACUGAUGAUGACUAUUGGAUCUUCUGCUUUUUUUGAUGGUUCA